AUGACCAAUCACAUUUUACCGAGUCAGUUAAAAGGGUGUUUUUUCCCCUUCACUCGAGUUCAACUCGGCCUGGACCAACCCUCUAACCUUAUUGCCCGUUUCCCCCAGUUCGAGUCCGCCGUACUCUCUGACGACGACGUGACCAUCUCCCCUUCUGACCUUUUGCUCCUCCUCGACCGCCCCUCACCGGCCUCUAUCACCAGCUCCCUCGCCCAACUCCAAUCCUCCUCCUCCCCCUCCUCCACCCCCGACUACGACGAAGCCACCCUCCUCCACCGCGCCGUGCAUACACCCACAGCCCUAUCCUCGGGCGAGAUCGACCUCCUCCGCCGCCGCUUCUGGCCCGCCCAUGAAUACGACGGCUGUCAGGCGGCCUGGGCUGGCGCUCUCGCCAAGCUCGAAUCGGACACGUCGGAGGAACACGUGGUCAGCACGGUUGCCAGGUUGCGCAAAGUGAGGGAGAAGUUGGCGGGAGAGGCGGAAAAGGCGUUUGAGGCGGCGCAGCUGGAGUGGGUUCGGCGGCUGAUAUCGUCGGGGACGACAAGUAUUAUGCCAAGGGCGUGCUGGGGAUACGCAAUCUACUACGACCCUGACGCUCUUGGAGCGGAUGAUGACGAUUUCCAAGUCCGCGUGAGUGCGUCACUACAAUGGGCACGCGAUGUUUCGUCCGUGGCGAAGAACGUGCAGACUGGGAAUUGGGCGUUGCAUCGAAUGGGGUGGCCUGCAGGGGCGGCCACUGACAAGCACAAACGCGGGUUGUUUGAGCGGCUGCGGAGGGACUUCCAAACGGUUCGUGGUGAAGCACUGCCUGAGGGGAUUCUUCAGAAUGUCUUUCUGGUGGUGGACCGGGAUUCUGUGCACUCGGUGCUGAACGGGUCGAAAGGGGGAAAUGUCUGUGAUGACAUGUGGGUGUGGGCUGUUGAUCCGGAGUAUCACGACGACGACGACGACGACGACAAACAAGGGGUUCAGGACACGGUCCAAGAGCAGGAUGAAGCAGCAUACCCAGGCUAUGUACGCGUCCGGCUGCAACAGCUGGUCAACAACUUCUACGUGGUGCGGCGGCCGGACGAAGGCAACAUGGUGGUGCCGUUGGAGACGCUGUGGGCAUGCGCGCAGAAGAGCUACCAGAGGGCAUUUGUGUCAGUACGAGAGGAGGACUUCCAGAAGUGGGUGCCUAAUCGCGAUGUAGGCAGUUGUUUGAGGCAAUGAGAGAUCAGAGUUGGUUACAUUUGGUUCGGUCAGUCUAGAUCUAGAUGUGAUUGAAGAUUACACUGAUGAUUUGAGGCAGGCUUAGAUCGUAUCAUAAAUGAGAAAGAUAUUGCUCAAAAUAAUAAACCCUUACCAAAAAGAGUUAAACUCCUCUAGUUUUCCUCCUAAAUAUGUAGUUGAACGUAAGGUUAACUACAACAAGUAUUUUAUAUUUUUUAGAGUAUUCUAAAUGUGUAAGUAGUAGCUUGAAUUCAGAUUAA